AUAUCCGUGGUUUGAGCCACUAAAAUCACUGAACUGAUAAUAUGAAAUAAAAUAUUUUUUUUUUACAUGAUUUUAUCAACAUUCAAGUAUUCAACAAAACUGAUUUAGUAUCUAAUAUCUAUACAUUAGUACAAACUACAAGUACACAACUGUUGUAGUUGUACACCGUUCACAAGAAUUUUGGUGUUUGUAUUGUUUGCAUCUUGUAGGUCACAUCCGACAACCCAGAUUAUACUACUUAAUUUUGAAUCAUUACUCAUAGAAAUAUUUGAUAAUUUACCAUCGCAAUCUACAUUUUUAUUUUAUUUGAAAUAAGUUAUAUUUCAUAUUUAAUUUAGAAUUGAAAUGAAUCCUUGUAUAAUUCCUGAGGUUCCCAUUGAUAUACAAGGAGAUAACAGAUGGAUGAGCCAGCAUGAACGACAUGUAUCCGAAGCGAAAGAACGUGAACCUGAUGUCAUUAUGAUUGGAGACUCAAUUAUACAGAAGUUACAGUCAAGUCCUAUAUGGAAUGACUUAUUUGAACCUCUCCAUUGUUUAAAUUUUGGUAUUGGUGGUGAUCUAACCCAAGGAGUAUUAUGGAGAAUCCAAAGUGGCAUUCUUGAUAAUAUUAAACCAAAGGCUUGUGUUCUUCAUGUUGGUACAAACAAUUUUGGUAAUACCCCUGAUGAAAUAUCAGAAGGUAUUUUAACCAUAAUCAAAGAAAUAAGGUCCAAGCUACCUGAGUGCUACAUCAUUUUGUUGGAUUUAUUACCUCGUGGAGCCAGGCCAAAUCAAUUACGUGUACGGAACUCUAAAGUUAAUGAAAUUAUACAUGAAAAAGUUAAAUCAAUUUCUCGGUUAGAAGUGAUUACUGUCAAUACAGGCCUGUUGCAAUCAGAUGAUACGCUGAGUGCUCAAGAUAUGCUUGAUUACCUACAUCCAACUGACACAUGUUACCGUAAAAUAUUUGAGCCUGUGCAUGAACUGCUCUUACAAAUUCUCGGAGAAGCCAAAGAUAUUGACAAAGAAAUAGUUGGAACUCAGUAAAUCUGAUUUUGUAUGUGCACAGAUAAAACAAAAGCAUUUUGUAUUGUGAUUAAUUUAUUUCAUUUUUUCUUAUUAUUAAUUUAUGAUUUUCAUUGGGCCUUUAAUAUUUUAAAAUUGUGUUCCUAAUUUAAUUGAAUAGACUGUUCUUUAUUUUUUAUGGGAGGGCGAGGGUUCAAGCAAUAUGCACAAGGUUUAUCAUAAGCUAUGUUCAUUAUAGGUAUAUUUCAAUAUUGCUUUGAAGCUGAUACUAUUAAUUUUAAUUAAUUGGAG